AUGCACAGUCGAGGUUGGAGAAAUCACAGCUCCGUAACUGAGUUUAUCCUAUUGGGCUUCUCUGGGAAUCCUAGGAUCAACUGGAUCCUUUUCUUCUUCUUCCUCAUCCUCUACUUGCUUACGGUUGUGGGCAACGGGCUCAUUGUUGCCCUGAUCAGAAUAGAUGCACGUCUCCACACACCCAUGUACUUCUUCCUCAGUAUCCUCUCCCUGCUGGAUCUCAGUUAUGCCACCACAACAGUGCCCCAGAUGCUGGCUCAUUUAGUAAGCAAGAAUAAGACCAUCUCUUAUGUUGGGUGUGUCAUCCAGAUGUACAUUUUUCUGACAUUAGGCAUCACUGAGACAUGGAUUUUUGCAGUUAUGGCCUAUGACAGAUAUGUUGCCAUAUGCUAUCCGCUCCACUAUGGGGUCCAGAUGAGCCAAGCCCUGUGUAUAAUCCUGGUAGUCAGCUCUGCUCUUUGUGGUCUCACCUGUGCCCUUGUCUACACAGUCUUUGCAAUGACCCUACCCUACUGUGGUCCAAAUGAAAUCAACCACUUCUUUUGUGAAAUUCCGGCUGUCUUGAAGCUGGCCUGUGCAGAUACAUCCCUCAAUGACCGAGUGGACUUCAUCUUGGGUUUCAUCUUGCUUCUAAUCCCAUUGUCCCUCAUCUUGACAUCAUAUGUUCAUAUUUUCAUGUCCAUUCUACGGAUUCAUUCCACCCAAGGGCAGAUGAAGGCCUUCUCCACCUGUGCCUCACACAUCACUGUGGUCACCAUGUUCUGUAUUCCAUGUAUGGUCAUGUAUAUGAGGCCUGGCUCUGAAGCCUCCCCAGAGGAUGACAAGAAGUUGGCCUUGUUCUACAAUGUCAUCUCUGCCUUUCUUAACCCCAUUAUUUACAGCCUCCGGAACAAAGAUGUGAAGAGGGCGUUCCUCAGGUUAACUGGAAUGGGUGAGGACACUCAGUAA